AAUGUGUAUAUCUUCCAAGAGUUCAGUUAGAUCCUUAGCAGGGCGAAAUAAGUCGUGCGGAGAAAAUGAGCUAGAACAGUACGAAUCAGCUGAUGGAUUUAUAGUUUUGCGUAGGUUUGGUGAGGAUUGCUCUAAAAAUUUGACAUCAAAAGCUAUUUGUGGAUACGCUCAUCUUCGAUGGUUGGGAAGCCUGGCGGGAAUAUGUGCAUCAGGCAGCAAAUUAAAUGAUGAUGAUACUGCUGGUGCAAUAUGUCGCUCGCUUCAUUCAUCUAAGAGCUCUUGGACAAAGAAACCUUUCCUACGAAGUGCCAUCGGAAUCAACCAUUUUCGUUACAACUUUAGAAUGUCUAGUCGGCACUACCUUGAAUUGAUGAGAAUACCAAGAUCUAAAACUUGCAAUAGAAAAUCAGCACUUUUUGUAUCAUGCGAUGAUCAUAAAGAAUAUCCAGAUAUGCAUAUUAAUAUUUUCGAUUACAGUAUGCAAUUCUAUCGACCUGGAGAGUAUUUUUCCUGGAGAUAUUGCGGGCCUACACAACUAAUAUAUGAUUAUGUUAUUGGGAGAAAUCCUCGAGAUUCCUAUGAUAGUUCAAUGACGAUUAAACAGUGCAGCUCCAGUUGUGCUUCGGAUGAUAUGUGCAAAGCUUUUCUUUUCGUUGGUUCUAUAUUGCCGAUGGGUAGGGGAGUGUGUUAUAGAACUAAUCAUCACUGUCCAGAUAUUUUAGAUUUAGACUCUGAUGGCUUCAGGAAGCCUCUACCUAUUUACAGCUAUUUGGCACCUGGACAGUAUGUAUAUAAAAAAACUGCUAGAUUUUGUGGGGAUUAUUCUUCGAGAUAUAUAAGAUAUUAUCAUGAUGCUAUAUCAGAAAGUUGCCUAGUUGUCUUACCAAGUGUAACUUAUCAAAAUGAAGGAGAAUAUAUUUGGGUGGGAGCAACAAGAGUUGGCAGUGGCUAUUAUUGGGAGAAUACUUAUGAUAAGAUGAAAGGAAGACGAGCAAUUUGUUAUAGGCCUCGCUUUGGAUGGGAACAAAGCGCUCUAUUUAAACUAUUUUCAAGAGAAAUAAAAGAGAAACAGAGUUAUCUUCAAUUCUCCGAUUUGGGAAAGAGUUGCUCUGAAAAUUCAUGCUAUCCCCCUUACAACGAAAUUCCUUCUAGUAAAAACACUAAUGAGGUUAAAAAGUCUUUAAUAUCUUCGUCAAGUGAAGGAAUAACACAGCUUAACUCAAUAGAUCAUCUUCUAAGUUUAAAACAAUACAGCUCAUUUAAUUGUAGUAUGAUACAGUUUGAGGGAGGUAAUGAAGAUAUAUUUUGCGGUAUGCUUAAUGUUAAGUGGAAAGGUAUGUGGAGUCCUAUUUGUUUAACUCUACCUACCGGAGCCGAAAAUAUUGAUUUGAAAACUAAAUCAGUUGUUGAAAGUAUAUGUUAUUCUUUUGGUUUAUCUUACAAACAUUUUUUAAAUGUUGUUAUACCGAGAAAGUUUCGUAAAUUUACGUUAAACUUAGAUUUAGAUAUUUUUUCUAAAGAUUAUGCUUCAGCUGCUCAUUUCUUUCAACAUAAAGGAAUAAAAAGAAGAUCGAAUUGUUUUAAGAAUUUGGGAAUUCAAAUUUGGUGCUCGUUCAAAGAUUCUCGUAUUAUUCCUAGAAACUUAUAUCAGCAUUUGGAAAGAAGCCAAUUCGGCGAAUACAAUUAUUAUACUUUCGAAAUCUACAAACCUGGUAAAUUGAAACUAUCAGACCGAACUUGUAAACAUUUCAGUCUAUUAGAAGAUUUAAGUCAAAUAAGAAAGACAGUGCAGUCUGUUGACGAAUGUGCAAAGGAGUGUACAAAAUUCUCGGACUGUCGAAGUUUUCUGGUUGUGUUUGUAGAAAAUCGAAUUCGAUGUAGGAUUCCUCAGCGGAGUUGUGAUGAUGAUAAAAGUGAUAGAAUACGAUAUAUACCACCAGGCGUAUUUAUAUAUAUUAAAACUUAUAGAUUUUGCAGAAGAGCAACUGAUUUGGCUGAAAAGAGUUAUAAGUUUGACAAAGAAAAUGGUUGGUGUCUUCUUCUUGAAGAGAAUCUAGACUAUAAAGAAUCAUUGAAGUUUUGUAAAACUAAUGAAAUGAACGUGUUACGGCAAAUGAGUUUUUCACUAGCAGAAGAAUUAAACGGCAAGAACAUAUGGGUAGCGGUUAAAGUGAUUAACGGUCAAUUCUUUUACGACAGCAAUUUUAAUAAAAAGCUAAGAAGAGUUCAGGGUAUUAAUUUACUGGGAAAUAGAGAUACAAAAGAUAAAGAUUGUUUUAUUAGAUCGUCUUCUUCUACUACCUUGAUAAAGAGAACAAACUGCACAGAAAAAAAUACUGUUGUAUGUUAUCGACCUCUUUUUGGAGAUUGGUCAGUUUGGUCAGAAUGGUCAGAGUGUAGUUGUCAGAAUGAUACAGAUUCUAAUCUUAGGUUUAGAACACGUGAAUAUAAUGAUCCACCGCCAUAUCCCUUGUUCUUCACAGGUUCGAGAAUAGAAAAACAAAAUAUGGCUUGUUUAAAUUUAAAUAUUGAUAAUACCGCAAAAAUGAAUUUGGUGGAUUCGACAAUAAAAGACAUUUGUCAUAAAAAAACAGCUUCAAUAUAUAUAAGAAAGCAAAAAGACGUAAUAACGGAACAAGAUUGCAUAAAUACAUGUUUAAAACUUAAAAAUUGCACUGAAGCUGUUCUCAAAGACACUGAGGAAGGUAGAAUAUGUUUUACCUCUAGCAAACCUUGCGCAUUCGAUAUGACAGAUUCAACAAUAUAUAGAAAAUCCAAUGGCGUAUGUUCACCUUCUUUUGGUGACGGUUCGAAUAAUUUAUGCUCACUAAAAAGGCCUACUCUAUUACAAAAUAACAAUACUGGAAUUUGCUUGGCAAAUAUUGGUACUUUAAAUAAAACAGCAGCUAUUGAGUCUUGUAAAAGAAUAAAUAUGCAACUAAUUAAAAUAUCAGAUGAAAUAAGUCAAUUAGAGCUUCCCCGAUAUAUUUAUGAUACAUUUGGAGAAUUGGAAAGUUGGACAUCAAUUAAAAUAUUCUAUAAAAAUUUGUUAGUUUGGGAUAAUAUGGUAUGGUACGAUGACCACAAACUUCGCAAGAAACUUAACUCUAAAGAUGGAAAUUGUGUGACUGUAGUAUUCAAGAAGAACAAUAGUUAUAAGUUAAGCAGAACGAAUUGCCAUGAGAAGAAACAAUCAAUCUGUUGGAGGCCCUAUAAAGGCUUUUGGACAACAUGGACAGGUUGGUCAUAUUGCGGAACGCGGAACAAAACUAAAGAAACUUUGGAAGCUUGUCCUGAUCAACCAAAAGAAACAGAAAAAGGUUCUGAUCAACCAAAAGUAGGAACAGGUUUUGAUAAACCAAAAGAAGCAGAAAAAGGUUCUGAUCAACCAAAAGUAGGAACAGGUUCUGAUCAACCAAAAGAAGCAGAAAAAGGUUCUGAUCAACCAAAAGAAACAGAAAAAGGUCCUGAUCAACCAAAAGUAGGCACAGGUUUUGAUCAACCAAAAGAAGCAGAAAAAGGUUCUGAUCAACCAAAAGUAGGAACAGGUUCUGAUCAACCAAAAGAAACAGAAAAAGGUUCUGAUCAACCAAAAGAAACAGAAAAAGGUCCUGAUCAACCAAAAGUAGGUGAUCAACCAAAAGAAACAGAAAAAGGUUCUGAUCAACCAAAAGAAACAGAAAAAGGUCCUGAUCAACCAAAAGUAGGUGAUCAACCAAAAGAAACAGAAAAAGGUUCUGAUCAACCAAAAGAAACAGAAAAAGGUUCUGAUCAACCAAAAGAAACAGAAAAAGGUCCUGAUCUACCAAAAGUAGGAACAGGUUCUGAUCAACCAAAAGAAACAGAAAAAGGUCCUGAUCUACCAAAAGUAGGAACAGGUUUUGAUCAACCAAAAGAAGCAGAAAAAGGUUCUGAUCAACCAAAAGUAGGAACAGGUUCUGAUCAACCAAAAGAAGCAGAAAAAGGUUCUGAUCAACCAAAAGAAACAGAAAAAGGUUCUGAUCAACCAAAAGUAGGAACAGGUUCUGAUCAACCAAAAGAAACAGAAAAAGGUCCUGAUCUACCAAAAGUAGGAACAGGUUUUGAUCAACCAAAAGAAGCAGAAAAAGGUUCUGAUCAACCAAAAGUAGGAACAGGUUCUGAUCAACCAAAAGAAGCAGAAAAAGGUUCUGAUCAACCAAAAUUAGGUACAGGUUCUGAUCAACCAAAAGAAACAGAAAAAGGUUCUGAUCAACCAAAAGUAGGAACAGGUUUUGAUCAACCAAAAGAAACAGAAAAAGGUUCUGAUCAACCAAAAGUAGGAACAGGUUUUGAUCAACCAAAAGAAACAGAAAAAGGUCCUGAUCAACCAAAAGUAGGUGAUCAACCAAAAGAAACAGAAAAAGGUUCUGAUCAACCAAAAGAAACAGAAAAAGGUCCUGAUCAACCAAAAGUAGGAACAGGUUUUGAUCAACCAAAAGGAACAGAAAAAGGUCCUGAUCAACCAAAAGUAGGUGAUCAACCAAAAGAAACAGAAAAAGGUUCUGAUCAACCAAAAGAAACAGAAAAAGAUCAUGAUCAACCAAAAGGAACAGAAACAGAUGGCCAACCAAAAGAUAUACCAAAUCCUAUUCCUGCAGAAAAUUCAAAGAUACCAGAAAACUACUUGAAAAAACCUACAGAAGAUGUAGAAAAGGAAAGUUCCAGUAGGUUUAUGGCAUAUCUGGUGACUGUUGUGGUACUAGCCAUUUGUGGCUAUAUAACAUAUCAUAAUAGACGAAAAGUUUGGUUUAUUAUUGAAGGUAGAAAGCAAUAUAAAGGUAAAAGAAGCGAGUCAACUAGGUAUCAUAAAUUAGAAGCAAAUAUGCAAGAAACUCUGGCUACACCCGGUCCGCCAAAAAGUGCUAAAGAAUAUGUCUAUUGA